CAGUAGUUACAGCCUGAGAUCCACAUCUCUACUACCACACACUACCAAACACUACCACACAACCACACACAGAGACGGUCACACACUCCUAGACACUCCCUCACACACUGCCACACUGAUUAUGGAUGAGACAAUGGAGGGUCAUUCCCAAUGGAAGGGAUUAACACACUGAAGCCCAACUCAGUUGCUAUUGGAUACAGGGGACAACUGACAGAUUCUUCUGUUCUCACCAAAAUGGGAUGACUUUAAGUUAUUAACUUGAAGAAAUCUCGUCUUUUAAUUUGAAUGUUGAAGCAUUCCUAAUUUUGAUAAAAUCACGAGAUAUGAUUUAACAUUCUGUGAUGGAAGUAGACUGUGUGUGGAAUACGUACUUACUUGCAAAUGUCCUCAAUCUAUUACUACACAGUUGUGUCUGUGUAGAUCUGAGCUAUCAUGUAGAAGAAGAAAGCAAUCCCUUUACUUUUGUUGGGGAUAUUGCUGCUGACACACAAAUGGAAGAAACGGACUCUCCUGUAGGAAAUAACUUCAUCACAUACAACCAAAUACAGAGACAAAGAACAGGCAAUUCACAUUUGUUUAAUGUCACACAAGAUGGUAAAUUGUACACGGCUCAAACACUGGAUGCUGAGAAACUGUGUACAUACGAAUCAGAGUGUGUUAGAUACAUCAAAGUUGCUGUACAUAGAAGGAAGACGUUUUUGAAAAUUAUUAAAAUAAAAGUAAUUAUAGAAGACAUUAAUGAUCACAGCCCAGAGUUUCCUCAAACAGAAAUAAAUAUGACAUUUGGUGAGCGUGAUGGAGAAGGUGCUGAAGAAUUAAUUCCUGAGGCGUUCGACAAAGAUAUUGGAAUGGAAAACUCAGAAGUUACAUAUAAAUUGAAGAAACAAUUUAGUGAUCCAUUUAUAUUGUCUGUGAGGAAAACUAUCACUGGAGGGGCAAAGAUAGGAAUUAUUCUUGGAGACAAACUAGACAGAGAAAUACAAGAUAGUUACAAUCUAGAAGUGAUAGCUAAUGAUGGAGGACAACCUUCAAAAGAAGGAAUUUUACAUGUUCAUAUAAAAAUAAUUGAUGUUAACGAUAACUCACCAGUUUUUUCACAACAUAUUUAUAAUAUUUCCAUCAAAAAUACACAUCCUAACAACAACCCUAUUUUUUGUGUCUGUGUAGAUCUGAGUUAUCAUGUAGAAGAAGAAAGCAAUCCCUUUACUUUUGUUGGGGAUAUUGCUGCUGACACACAAAUGGAAGAAACGGACUCUCUUGUAGGAAAUAACUUCAUUACAUACAACCAAAUGCAACAACAAUGGACAGCGAAUUCACAUUUAUUCAAUGUCACACAAGAUGGUAAAUUGUACACGGCUCAAACACUGGAUGCAGAGAAACUGUGUACAUAUGAAUCAGAGUGUGUUAGAUACAUCAAAGUUGCUGUACGUAAAAGGAAGACAUUUUUGAAAAUUAUUAAAAUUAAAGUAAUUAUAGAAGACAUUAAUGACCACAGCCCUGAGUUUCCUCAAAAAGAAAUAAAUAUGACAUUUGGUGAGCGUGAUGGAGAAGGUGCUGAAGGAUUAAUUCCAGAUGCCAUUGACAAAGAUAUUGGAAUGGAAAACUCAGAAAUUACAUAUAAAUUGAAGAAACAAUUUAGUGAUCCAUUUAUAUUGUCUGUGAGGAAAACUAUCACUGGAGGGGCAAAAAUAGGAAUUAUUCUUGGAGACAAACUAGACAGAGAAAUACAAGAUAGUUAUAAUCUAGAAAGCAGCAGUAUUCCUGGUACCCCAGUGAGGUACUCUUCUGAGAUGAAUAAUAGAAACAUGCCAUUUGUGGAAUGUAAGGAAGAUUUUUACCCGCAGUAUGAGUCUCAGAUUGAUUGGUCAAACACGGGUACCCUGGAGAAGAGUCCACCCAAUACAGUAUUGUACCAUGUCGACGAAGAAAGUAGUCCCCAAACUUUUAUUGGAGAUGUUGCUGCUGAUGCCAUGCUGGGUGACAGUGGCUCUUUGACAGACAGAAAUCUACUAACAUAUAACCAACUUCAGCAAGAAUGGAUGGAAAGUUCCCAGUUGUUCAAUGUCACACAAGAUGGUAAAUUGUACACGGCACACAAAAUUGAUGCCGAGUCUCUGUGCAAACCAAGGAAACAAUGUUUCAAAUAUAUUAAAAUAUCUGUAAACAAGGCAAAGUCUUUUAUGAAGAUUCUGAAAGUCAAAAAACUAGGGAUGGAAACAAGGGAAACGCAUUUGUUCUUUCUUCUUAAUAUCUUCAUUCUGUUCUGGCAAAGCAGUGUGUGUGAAGAUAUUGUAUAUUAUGUGAAAGAUGAAGACAUUACAGGAACAUACAUUGGAGAUGUUGCAGCUGAUUCCCUCGUCAUGGAGGAUAUGGAAUCACAUGAGCAGACAUCCAUCAUAUUUAAUCAAAUACAGCACCGAAGAACACACAGUUCCCAGGUGUUCAAUGUUACUAAAGAUGGUAAAUUGUACACGGCACACAAAAUUGAUGCCGAGUCUCUGUGCAAACCAAGGAAACAAUGUUUCAAAUAUAUUAAGAUAGCUGUAAACAAGGCAAAAUCUUUUAUGAAGAUUCUGAAAGUCAAAGUAAUUAUAGAAGACAUUAACGAUCACAGCCCUGAGUUUCCUCAGAAAGAAAUAAAUGUUAUGUAUGAUGAAGAUGAUGGAGAGGGAGCAGAAAGAUUAAUUCCAGAUGCCUUUGACAAAGAUGUUGGAAUGGAAAACUCAGAAAUUACAUAUAAACUGAAGAAACAAUUUAAUGACCCAUUUAUAUUGUCUGUGAGAAAAACCAUCACAGGAAGAGCAAAAAUAGGAAUUGUUCUUGGAGACAAACUAGACAGAGAAAUCAAAGAUACUUACAAUCUAGAAGUGAUAGCUAAUGAUGGAGGAAAACCUUCAAAAAAUGGAAUUUUACAUGUUCAUAUUAAAAUAAUUGAUGUGAAUGAUAACUCACCAGUUUUUUCACAACAUAUUUACAAUAUUUCCAUCAAAAAUAUACAUCCUAACAACAACCCAAUUUUGACAUUGUCUGCAAAAGACCCAGAUUCUGGCAAUAAUGGUAAAGUGUCUUAUUAUUUCAGUUCAGAAACACCAGAAAAUGCCAAACAAUGUUAUAUAUUGAAAAGAGAGUCUGGAAAAUUGUUUAUCACAGAAAAUUUCUCAAAAGAGAGACAUCGCAUUUAUGAAUUAUAUGUCGAGGCCAAAGAUGGAGGGAAUCCAUCCUUAAAUUCCUUUGCCAUUGUACGGGUGAAUGUUCUCAAUGAAAAGAACCAUGCUCCUGAAAUUGAUAUAAAUUUUGUGUCUGAAUUGAAGAAGGACACUGCAGCUAUUUACGAAGGAACAAAAGUGGGCAGUUAUCUAGCUUAUGUGAAUGUGGUGGACAAUGAUGUUGGUGCAAAUGGAGAAGUGAGUUGUAAAUUAGAACAUGAUAAAGUUGUCCUCUCACAUUUAGGAUCAAAGGAAUACAAGAUUACU